CCUGUCAUGCACCACUGUACUGUGGUGUAUCACCUUCCUGGGCUGUGGAGUCAACUACAUGAUCAGGAGCAACAUCAACAUCGCUAUAGUCUCCAUGGUGAAGAAACGAUCGUCAGACGGGAGUGCAGUGGUCAGCGAAUGCUUCCAUUCGGAUAUCAAUAUAACCAGAAACUACACCCUCAACGAGAGCCUUCCUCAAGUAGAACCGAUUGAUGACGAUAACGAGCUCAGAUUUGACUGGGACGAACAUGAGCAAAACGUUGUCCUGGGAGCAUUUUUCUGGUUCUACUGGGCAGCGCAGUUACCUGGAGGAAUGAUGGGGCGGCAUUAUGGCACAAAGAAAGUGUUUGGCAUCAGUAAUCUUAUAAUUUCCGUUACAACACUGCUAAUACCACUUUUUGCAUCACUUGACUACAGGGUCCUGGUAGCCCUCAGGAUUUUCCAAGGAAUUUGUGGGGGUUUCUGCUGGCCAUCCCUUACCUACAUGAUCUCGAGAUGGAUACCAACCAACGAAAGAGGGAAAUUUAUGAGCGCAAUCAUGGGUAGUUCUGUGGGUGCCGCAUUGACCUUCCCUCUCUGUGGGAUGAUCAUUCACUUUUUCAACUGGCAGGCAGUGUUUUAUGUAACUGGUACAAUUGGAAUAAUAUGGUUCGUCGGCUGGUGGUUGCUUGUGUAUGACAAUCCAGCAGAUCAUCCCAGAAUUAGUGAGUCAGAGCUCAAACACAUCCAGAAUGGCAUUGGGGACAGUGUUUCUGAAAAGAAGCUUCCUAUUCCAUGGUGUAAAAUUCUUACAAGCUGGCCGCUCCUAGCGAACAUAAUGCUUGCAUGGGGAUGUAUAUGGGGAAUGUUCACUCUUUUAACUCAAGCACCUACAUAUUUCCGCAAUGUUCAUGGAUGGAGUGUGCAGAAGGUUGGCUUUUUCUCUGGUCUUCCUCAUGUUUGUCGAAUGAUUUUAGCCAUCUCGGUUGGUCAUUUGUGUGACUACUUGCUAUCAAGUGGAAAACUAACAGUUACUGGAGUUCGAAGGGUGGCAGGUUUUAUAAUGAAUACUCUGCAAGGCGUCUUCAUGCUGGGGUUGGCCUUCUCUGGCUGUAACUCAAUUAUGGCCACUAUUUGUCUCACAGCAGCUCUUGCCAUGAGUGGAGCUGAACCAAAUGGUGCUUUAGCUACGUACAUUGACCUCAGUCCUAAUUUCUCCAGUGUACUCAUGGGCAUUGGUAAUAUGGUUUGUGUGACUCCAGGAUUUUUAUCUGCUGCUCUUGUUGGUGUUUUGACAUACAAAAAUCAAUCAUCUGACCAGUGGAAGAAAGUUUUCCUUAUAUCAACAGGCAUCCUUUUAGUUCCUGGUUUGAUACACAUUCUCACAUCAUCAUCCAAAGUACAAGAGUGGAAUUUCCCAAAGUCUACGGCCAAAGAAAUGAAAGAAGGUCUCUCUGAAAAGGAUUUGGAAGCUCAGCAACGCCUCACAUCAGACCAUGAAACUGAAGAUCAUCAGGAUAAAGAAGAAGAAACGAAAUCAUAGACUGUGAAAACGAGUUACAAAUCCAUGUUCAGAAAUAAAAGAUUAUUGAGUAAGACUGUUAAUUUUUAUAUACUUACACCUGAGAAGUUUAACUAAUACCAUUUGU